AUCAACAAGGAAGUCGUUUAAAGGCGCCAAUUUUGUGUCGUCGCUGAAAUUUGAAAUAGUUUUUCUGUAUUUUUCCUGUUUUUAUUCGGCACUAAAGUUACAACAAUGUCUGAAAACACCUUCCCUGUCUAUACGGCAGAUGCAAUAGUUAAUUUUUACCGAACAGAAGUUCUUACUGGUCAAGAGGCAAAACACUUUACCAAGGGCGAUCUGACUCCUGUCCCAAAGCCAGAGUCAAUCCAGACGCUGUACAUGAGAGUGCUGCACCUGCUGUAUCGCUUCAGGCCCGAGUGUCACUCCAUGAUUCCACUUUUGGAGAACAUUCAGAAUCCAGUAUAUCAUGAGGGCUCAACUGCUAUCACGAGCGUAUACAUUCGCAUGCGGCAGUUUCUGCCGAUGUGCUUGGUGUACGAUUUUUCACUGAAUGACCUUCUGGCUCCAAAAAAACAGAAGACUCUGACUAUUCUAAGUGCCAUCAUGAACUUCCUUCACUUCAGGAAGCAGAGGAUGGACCUGAUCUUGGAGAAGCAGUCCAAAUUUAGGGCAGACAUGGACAAGCUGCAGGCUUUCACUAAAGGCAAUUUAGAAGCAGAGAAGAAGAUUGAAAUACUGACGACCAUCCCACCGGAGCAGCAGGCUGAGGCCGACGAGCUGGCAGCUGCUCUCGCCGAGCUGCAGACCACCACCAUGCACGAAUACCAGGAAGUGAAUGCGAAAAAUGAAAGCAUCGCAGAGUGGAAAACCAAAAUUGCAGAGAAGACUCAGAAACUGGCCCAGGUGAAGGUGGACGUCAGCAACCUGAAGGAAGACAUCGGCAAACUCAAGUCUCAGAUUGUGGAGUCUCCAGAGGAGCUGAAGAGUCAGAUGGAGAAGAUGAGAGAGAACGUCAAGAACGUCAAGAACUCCAUCAAAGAAACAGAUGGGCGCGUGGUGGAGCUGCAGAACAUGGUGCAGAGUGUGACUCACACUGAGGCUGAGAUCCAGCAGAUGUACAACCGGCUGCAGGACCUGGAGAGCAGCAUGAACAACAGCAAGCAGCAACAGGAGGAGCACCAGGAGCUGGCGGCUCAGUACGAGAAGAAGCAGAAGGAGCUGAAGAACCUGUGCAUCGAGGAAGGCCAGAUGAAGCGAGCGCUGGGCAUGAAGCUGGACAAAGAGUCCAAACAGAACAUCCGCCGGCAGAAAAAGAAAGAGACGAAGGAGCAGCACGCUCAAGAUGUGCUGGGGCAGUAUAACCACAUCCAUCAGAAGCGCGAGGAGAUGGCUGACAAAAUCCAAGAGAUCUCCAGAGAGACGCAGCAGCUGAAGGCCAACAUCCAGAGCCUGAGAGACGUCUCCAGCAAAGAGACAAAGAAAGCUCAGGCUCUGUAUGACACUCUGUCCACGUCGAUGGACGAGCUGCACAGGAGGGUUGAGAUGCACGUCGUGGACCUGAAACAAGACCUCCCCAAGAUGUCCGCAAACUUUUAGAUGCAUCGUUUUUCAUUUUCAUUGUUAUAUUACGGUGUCUCUGUUGUGUGUUUUUACUCUUCUAACCCUUUGUUGCCUUUUACUAUUUAAAGUGAGUUGUAUCUCAGUUAAUAAAUCUGAUCAGUGCAGA